AUGGUAUCGAUCAAGAAAGGCUGUUCCUUAGAAUCAAGGAUAUCUAAAUUUGAUAGGACAAGUACUCAAUAUUAUUCUUUAUAUAUAACAUCUUAAUUUUGUAGAUAAUUAACUCAUGCAAUAAGAUAUAUCUUAGUUAGACUUAAUUGCUCGAUAUUCAAAAAUUAAUUACAAUUGAAAAUUCAGCUAAAUUAUGGACUCCUAUUUUAUUACUUAUUUUAAGACUUAGAGAUCGAAUUAUAAGAAGUUAAAUCUUACUAUUCACCAUCCAUUAAGGAAAAAGGAGUAUAUUACCAUAUUGCAAUUAUUGAUUAUCUUUAAGAAUGGAAUGCUGAAAAAAAGAUUGUGCAGGUCAGAAAAAAUCCAUUAAUGUAAAAAUAGAUCUAGAUACUUCGGCUUAAAAUCCUUCAGAGCAUAAAAAAAGAUUUAUUGAAAAAGGUAUUAAUUUGA